CCCGCAUACCUCUGCCUGCGCCCUGCGAGUCUUCCCUCGCUUCCAUUCCUCAUUCUGUUCUCCGAGAGAUCUCGUUCUCCGAUGAUCGCCGGUUCUUCGCCGCCGGUCAUCACAUCCCACCUCGGCAGUUCCCAGUUCCCACCACCAGAUCGCCACGAUGCAACCGGAGCCACCUACGCCAUCCGGAGGCACGACGCCCCUCCGCCCGCGCGCCGACAUCACGAAGGGCCUCCCUCGCCACGACGCCGUGCUGUACUGCCCGUCGUGCUGGGCCUACCGCCAACCCCCGGCGUCCUGGGUCCGCCGCGAGCCGCGGUCCUGGAUGAGCACUACGCCGGGUACGGCUAACGACGUAGCAAGAAUCCACCUCGACCGCGUGCGCCGCCACAUCGCCGGCCUCGGUCUCACGAUCGCCGCCGCGAGGUCCUUCUCCACCACGGCCUGCCCCAGGCGCUUCUACCUACACCUCCGCCUUCGCCGCGGGCACGAGGCGGGAACGGAGCCGCAGGCGCACGUCGUCGAGCUCACCUCGCACGACCGCCUCUGUGACGCCUGCAGCCGGUCCCAGGCCGACCCGGACCGAUGGCCCGCCGUCGUGCAGGUGCGCCAGCGCGCGUCAACGUCGUCGUCGUGCCGCCGCACGCUCAACCACGUCAUGUCGCUGCUCGUCUGCUACCGCGGCAACGACUCGCUCCUCCGCGUGGACUGGGACGCGGGCGCCGGGGUCCUCGACGUGCACGUCGUGUCGCGCGCCCACGCCGCCCGCUUCGUCCGCUUCGUCUCGACCGUCGCGCCCGCCCGCGUCGUCGGCACGGCGCGGAGGCUCGUCUCGCGCGACGGCGAGGGCAGCCCCUACAGAUUGCACUUCAUCUCCGUGGACAUCUGCCCGGUCUGCGAGGAUGACCUCGUCCUCCUGCACGCGGAGGCGUCCCGCGCCCUCGGCCGCCUGGGGCCCCUCGUCCUGUGCAUCAAGGUCACCAGCUCGCUCGCGCUGCUCGACACCGGCAACAUGCGCGUCGUGGUGGUAGGCGUCGAGGCGUGCGAGCGGUUCAGGAUCCAGCCCUUGCUCGACCGCGGCCGCCUCGUCGAGUACGUCGUGCUUGGCGUGCAACACGACCCGUCCGGCCACGUCGCGGCGCUCGGUGCGAGCUUCAUGAUGUCGUGGGCGCAGGUCGUCCGCUCGUCGGACGUGGGCAAGAAGGACGCCGCCGUCAUCACCGUGAAGACGCACCUCGGCUACGACCUGGAGCCUGGGUGCCACGCGCUCGGCUACGACCUCUCCGGAGACGACGUCUUCGGCCAUGGCUUGGAGAAGUAUGGGAAGAGACACACGUUGCCAGCUGCGGUGCUUACUCGGAGGUACUACGACGAUGACGAGGACUGGGAGGAGAGCGCAGGCGGGAUGCAGGACGGCAGGGAGGGACGUCGCGGCGGCGGCGGGAUUGAAGAGGUUACCACGGGUAUUGGAUGCAUGGACCUGAACCCGGCCGACGACAAGAACACCACAGUACCAUGACACCAUUCCAUCGGCUAUGAGUAGCGAGUAAGCGACAAGUGUUUCAUGUAGUACCACCAACAUUAAUCCACGGCUGUUGUUGACUCUUAUUCUAAUGAAUCAUAAGCCAUGCAUUAGAUGACUCUAGUCAUACCUUAGUCUAAAAAUCUAUCACUGGAGUUAUACAUGUAGCAGUGCUCAUGAGUAGAUAGCGAGUUGCAAUUUUGUUGCUUCUGAUAAUUCAUCAAUUCUUGG